GCACCAAGCCGUGCAUCACAACUCAACUCGUAGAUUUCGAGGGAAUUUGAUCAAGCCUUCAAAUUAAGAGAAACAAACAAUGGCCGUGCCAUUGCCAGUCCUAGAGUACUGCCUGCCUCAACAAUGGCAGCUCAUCCUGCUCCUGGUUCUCCUACCUCUCAUCUUCCUCCUCGCAAAAAGCUGGAGCAGAAAAGGGCGCCGCCUCCACCUGCCGCCGGGCCCGCCGAGGCUGCCCAUCCUCGGCAACCUGCACCAGAUGGGCGCGCUGCCGCACCGGAGCCUGCGCGACCUGGCGCGGCGGCACGGGCCGGUGGUGCUGCUUCGGCUGGGCGCGGUGCCCACGGUGGUGGUGUCGUCGGCGGAGGCGGCGCGGGAGGUGAUGAAGACGCACGACGCGGACUGCUGCAGCCGGCCGGACACGCCUGGGCCCAGGCGGCUGUCGUACGAACACAAGGACGUGGCGUUCUCGCCCUACAGCGACUACUGGCGCGAGAUGCGCAAGCUCUUCGUCGUCGAGCUCCUCAGCAUGCGCCGCGUCCAGGCCACCGGUUACGCCAGGGAGGCCCAGGUCGACAAACUCAUCGGCAGAUUGACCAGCGCCGGGCAGAAACCAGUGUUCCUGGAGGACCACAUCUUCGCGCUUAUGGACGGCGUCAUCGGCACGGUGGCGUUCGGGAACAUCUACGGCACGGAGCAGUUCGCGCACAAGAAGCACUUCCACGACGUGGUUGACGAGGCCGUGAGCGCCAAGGCCAGCUUCUCCGCCGAGGACUACUUCCCCAACGCCCUUGGCUGCCUCGUCGACCGCCUCACCGGCGUCGUCUCCCGCCGCGAGAGGGUGUUCAGGGACCUCGACGAUUUCUUUGAGACGAUCAUCGAGCAGCACCUCGACCAUUCCCGCGCCACGCCCGAGCGCGGCCCCGACCUCAUCGACGUCUUCGUCGCCCUCAUGACGGAGCACCAAGGCUCACCCAGCUUCACUAAAGACCACAUCAAAGGACUACUGUCGAAUGUCUUUACUGCCAGCGUUGACACGAGCUCGGUGACCAUGGUUUGGGCGAUGGCUGAGCUGAUAAGAAAGCCGGCGGUGCUCAAGAAGGUGCAAGAAGAGAUCAGGGCCGUGGUGGGCAACAAAGAGCGGGUGCAACCAGACGACGUGCCGCAGCUCAAGUACCUCAAGAUGGUGGUGAAGGAGACGCUACGGCUGCACCCGGCGGUGCCGCUUCUGUUGCCCAGGGAGACCCUGAGGGACGUCAAGAUCUCCGGGUACGACGUGCCGGCCAGGACAAGGCUCCUGGUGAACGCGUGGGCGAUCGGCAGGGACCCGUGCAGCUGGGGCGACAGCCCCGAGGAGUUCGACCCGGACAGGUUCGAGGGCAAGGAUGUCGACUUCAACGGGACGCAUUUCGAGCUCGUGCCGUUCGGCGCCGGCCGUAGGAUGUGCCCCGGGAUGGCCAUGGGAGUGGCCACGGUGGAGUUCACGCUGGCCAACCUGCUCUACUGCUUCGACUGGGCGCUCCCGGAGGGGAUGGCGGCGGAGGACGUGAGCACGGAGGAGGCAGGAGGGCUCACCGUCCGUAAGAAGAUGCCUCUCGUGCUUGUGCCGACUAGAUACAAGUGGCAUCAACGCUGAUCGAUAUACCUAGCCUGAUGGAGACGCUAAUAAAUAAUUUGACGCUGCUGUCUUACCGCAAAUAAAUAAUUUGACAUAUUUGAUUCGGUUCCUUA